AGCCCUCCGCUAGGUUGAGUACACUCAGCGGCGGAGGCGAUACCAUCUUUGACUGAUAGAUGGGGGGACUCCAACUAUCUCCCGGGUUGUCCUAUUCCGCUCCGACCACCUCUCGCGUCUUUCGCUCCGGCCGUGGGCACGAAGCCUAGAUACAGUGGCGGGACUACCGCUCCCGGCACCACGGACGGUGCGCGGGGCGGCCAAAGGAAGGGUGCACUUGGUACGAUCCACGCCGCGCCCCGCCGGAAGUGAGGUGUCUCUCCCCCGAAGUUCCGGCUCGCAGGGGGUGGGGAGUGUUGUUAACCGGGGCCGCCUCCGCAGUCGCGGGGAUUGAGCGGGCUCGCGGCGCUGGGCUCCUGGUCUCCAGGCCGGAGCGAUGUUCCGCACCGCAGUGAUGAUGGCGGCCAGCCUGGCGCUGACCGGGGCCGUCGUGGCUCAUGCCUACUACCUCAAGCACCAGUUCUACCCCACCGUGGUGUACCUGACCAAGUCCAGCCCCAGCAUGGCAGUCCUCUACAUCCAGGCCUUUGUCCUUGUCUUUCUCUUGGGCAAAGUGAUGGGCAAGGUGUUCUUUGGACAGCUGAGGGCAGCCGAGAUGGAGCACCUUCUGGAACGUUCCUGGUAUGCCGUCACUGAGACUUGUCUGGCCUUCACUGUCUUUCGGGACGACUUCAGCCCCCGCUUUGUUGCACUCUUCACUCUCCUUCUCUUCCUCAAGUGUUUCCACUGGCUGGCUGAGGACCGUGUGGACUUUAUGGAACGCAGCCCCAAUAUCUCCUGGCUCUUCCACUGCCGCAUCGUCUCCCUUAUGUUCCUCCUGGGUAUCCUGGACUUCCUCUUCGUCAGCCAUGCCUAUCACAGCAUCCUGACCCGUGGGGCCUCUGUGCAGCUGGUGUUUGGCUUUGAGUAUGCUAUCCUGAUGACUAUGGUGCUGACCAUCUUCAUCAAGUACGUACUGCACUCCGUGGACCUCCAGAGCGAGAACCCCUGGGACAAUAAGGCCGUGUACAUGCUCUACACGGAGCUGUUUACAGGCUUCAUCAAGGUUUUGCUGUACAUGGCUUUCAUGACUAUCAUGAUCAAGGUGCACACCUUCCCUCUCUUUGCCAUUCGGCCUAUGUACCUGGCCAUGAGGCAGUUCAAGAAGGCCGUGACAGACGCCAUCAUGUCUCGCCGAGCCAUCCGCAACAUGAACACGCUGUAUCCAGAUGCCACCCCGGAGGAGCUCCAGGCAACGGACAACGUCUGCAUCAUCUGCCGAGAAGAGAUGGUGACUGGCGCCAAGAGACUGCCCUGCAACCACAUUUUCCAUACCAGCUGCCUGCGCUCCUGGUUCCAGCGGCAGCAGACCUGCCCUACCUGCCGUAUGGACGUCCUUCGGGCAUCACUGCCGACCCAGUCACCACCGCCCCCUGAACCUGCAGAUCAGGGGCCACCACCUGCUCCUCAUCCCCCACCACUCCUGCCCCAGCCCCCUAACUUCCCCCAGGGCCUCCUGCCUCCCUUUCCUCCAGGCAUGUUCCCGCUGUGGCCCCCCAUGGGCCCCUUUCCACCUGUCCCGCCUCCCCCCAGCUCAGGAGAGGCUGUGGCCCCUCCACCCACUAGUGCAGCCCUUUCUCGGCCCAGCGGAGCAGCCACGACCACAGCUGCCGCCGCCUCCUCCUCCGCCUCCGCCUCGGCACCUGGCUCUGCCCCCGCCCCCGAGGCCGGCCCCGCUCCGGGCUUCCCCUUCCCUCCACCCUGGAUGGGCAUGCCACUGCCUCCACCCUUUGCCUUCCCCCCGAUGCCCGUGCCCCCCGCGGGCUUUGCUGGGCUGACUCCGGAGGAGCUGCGGGCUCUGGAGGGCCACGAGCGGCAACACCUGGAGGCUCGGCUGCAGAGCCUGCGCAACAUCCACACCCUGCUGGACGCCGCCAUGCUGCAGAUCAACCAGUACCUCACCGUGCUGGCCUCCCUGGGGCCCCCCCGGCCUGCCGCCUCAGUCAGCCCCACUGAGGAGACCCCUGGAGUCGUCACUGCUGCCACCCCCACCAGCGUCCCCAGCUCAGAGGCCACCACCCCAUCCCCAGGAGACUCCCCACCGGCCCCUGAACCUGACAAGCCUCCAGCUCCCGAGUCCGUGGGCACGGAGGAGCUGCCUGAGGACGGGGAGCCUGACGCCGCAGAGCUCCGCCGCCGCCGCCUGCAGAAGUUGGAGUCCCCUGUUGCCCACUGACACGACCCCAGUCCUACUCCUGCCUCCACUCUCUUCAGCAGCCCUCGCUGUAACGUGUCCUGCCACCAAGUGCCAGCUCCCUCUGUGUGCACCAGGGAGUAAGAACCCCCAGCUCUGAGACAAAGGAGGUGGCGUCCCCUAGGCCGAGUGGAAAGAAGCCUGAGGCCCCAGUUGACUCCAGCCCUUUCAGUCCCCGGCAGCCACGGGGAUCUCGGGUCAGUCCCAGCCUUUCUUUCCAACCCAUCACCCUUUUCUGCUGGGGCCGUGAAGGCAGAAAGGCAGUCUCUGAGAAGCCCUCUACCCCCCCUCUGGGAGAAGGGGCAGCCCUUCUAAGCCCACUUGUGUGCGUGUGUGUGUGAAGUCGCUUCAGUGCUGAACAGUAUUAGCUCCCCAAUCCCACGUGUGAACUUUAGGAGCUGGAGGCAGGCCAGGAACUUGCUUCCUGGGCCACCCACCAAGAUUGGUACUGAUUUCCCUUUUCUUACCCUAAACUCCCUAGAAGCUCUUUGUGACAGUGGCUGUGUCACUUACGCCCUGUGGUGUUUCCGCGUCUUAGUGGCAACCGCACAGCUCUGGGAUAGGAGUGCCGAGCAGGUGGGCAGCAUUGAGGUGUCCACGCCCCUCUCCCUGCAGUUUGUCUAAAGUGAGACUUCCUGGUCUCACCCAGCAACCACUGCCCAGCCUCACUCCAGGCUGAGGGCUCGUGUGUCUGCCCCUGAACCACUGCAAGCCCCAGAAUCUGUGGAAGGCCACUUCUCAACUUAACAGAACUUUUCUUGAGUUGAGAAGAAUUGGAAUUACUUCUUUGCCGUUGUCUCUUGGCUUAAAUUUUGUCUUUGAACUUGAAUGCUUGACCCUAGGAAAGAGGAGCAGGAGUGUCAGACUCCUGGUCUUUCCAGUUUAGAAAAGGCACUGGGCCAGGUAGGGACCACAGGAGCCGAGGCCUGCCUGCCCUUGUCUUUUUCUCCCUUGGUUUUGUGUUACAAGAGUUGCUGGAGACCGUUUCAGAUGAUUAUUUAAUUUGUAAAUAUUGUACACAUUUUAAUAGCUCAAAUUGUAUAUACCGCCAAAUAAAGACUUGCAUUAAUGA